GCCACAAUAAACGCCGCAGCUAGGGAACAGGCUGCCACACCAGCCAGGGCAUUAGAGAUGUCUUCUGCGGCAGCAACAUCCUCGGUUGCGUGUUCAUCUGCGACCAAUGGGAAUAUGUUGGGAAUGCCAACAAGUUCCACGGGCACUUCCAGUUUAAUGGGUUCUCGACAGUCUACUAGUCAAAUGGCGGGCUCGCAGUUCAGCCCAUUGACCCCACGUGAGAGGGAGCUCAGAGAGAUCCAACAGGUCGAGAGGCUCCGCCAGAAGUUAGAGGAGGACCUGAAAAAGGCAACCAAAAGGGAAAGAGAGAUAAAACGUAGAGCAGCCAGGCUUGAAGCGUUAGAGACUGACAAGGCUGAGUUAGAGGGAUUAGAUGAAUCAGGUUUGUCUGAACCCUUGAAAGUGUUGAAGAACAACAUGUUGUCGCUGCAUGCGCACGUGGACAGCAGGUUGGACUUCAUGCAGAGCACUUUGGACCAGAUCGUGGACAUUUUGACAAGGCCAGGAUUUAGGCCACCAGCGCAAUCGCCGUUGCCGUUAUCGGCGAUGUCAGGACCCUUUCCGGUUCAAGCUGGUACACAACCAAGUGGUACGUCUGCAGCAGUCGCACAGACUGUUGCAUCUUCUUCUUCGGGUCCAGCGGUGAUUGCUACGUCACCGCAACAACUUGUUCAGCAAUCUGGACAGCCGCAAGGUCAGUGGUACCCUAAGACCCCAAUGAAACCACCUCUUGCCUUCUCAAGCGAGAGAAAGGAUGAAGAACUCAACACAUGGUUGAGGACGGUCCCGGUUUGGGUGAAGGCGAAAAGGACCUUGCCUGAGGACGAAGUGGUAACUGUGGCAUCUUACCUCGAGGGUAAGGCAGCCAAGUGGCUAGAUGGAGUAGUUGUAAAGGCCGGGUACGGGCGACGCAUGGCGGACUGGGCUAGGUCUCUGACGUUAGACCAAUUCAUGGAAAUGGUAGAAGCUCGAUGGCAUAAUCCACAAGAGGUGCAAGAGGCCACUGAUGCCAUUAACAAACUAGACCAACGCAAGUUCAAGUCGGUUAGAGAGCUUACGACUACCGUUGAGAGCUUGAUCCUCGUUCCAGGCAUCAACUCCAGUGACCAGUUCCUGUUGACUACUUUUGUCAGAUGUCUUCCAGAGAACAUCAAGAACUUGCUGGCCAGCGAGGCACGCACAGAGUACCAUUCGUUUGAGACAUUGUCUAGGAAGGCUUUAGAUUUGGAGGCCACUCUAGGUAAUGCUCAACCCACCUCACAGAAUGACUCAAAGAAGAAGAAGAGUUCUCAGGAGUGGAAGAAGAAGGGAGCAAAGUUGAUGAUGGUCGAGUCUGAUGGGACUCAAGCUGAGAUUGACGAACUCUCUGACCUGAUGGACUAUUCAGAGUAUGACAGCGAGGAGAUAGUUGAGGGUAGCACCCUCGCCGCGGUAGUCAACACUAAGGCAGGUGGCCGAGGGAAGGGCCAACCUAGGAGUCAAGGAAAGGCUGUCUCCAAUCAGACCAAGCAGGCUAAAUGGGUGAAGGCAGGUCUUGACCAAGACGGAAUACGGACACUCGCAAUACAAGUGCCAGAACGCAAAGGUUACGCAAAAGAUACCUCCAAAGAUGGGGGCAUCUUAUUCCCAGGCUUCAAGCUCGGGAAACGCGUGAGGCCAGUGGAAGUUUUAGCGGCUUCUACUCAAGAUGACGUGGGCUUGAUACCCUCCCCACUUCAUGACAAGGCCGAAGCUAAUGACUCCUUAGCCACCCCGCAGACACAACUAGACCAAACUAUGCUCUGUACGUUAGAUGUGUCUGAGGCCUUAGAAGACUUAGAAGGUGAGUGGUCAAACAAGGACCCUCGCGAGUCUUGGGUGGCACUGAAGAAAGGUCCUAGAGGGGAACAUUUCGUGGUGGAAGUGGAUGUAGGAGGCCGCAAAUGUGGUGCCUUCAUUGACAUCGGAUCCACGCGAAAUUACAUAAGUCGCGAUUGUUUGGAAAGGCUGCACCUACAGGACCGGGUACGGCACCUUAGUAGACCAGUAGCAUCUACUUUGGCCAACAAAGAGCGCAUGAUUGUAACAGACUAUAUCAAGGACGUAGUUUGUACCUUCUACUAUGGAGGAGGAAAACUUAACCAUAAGAUCUCGUUCUUAGUUAGCGACAACUUACCAUUUGACAUGUUAUUAGGCAUGUACUACCUCGAAGUUGCUAAGCCCCAGUUUGACUGGGAUAAGAAGGUGCUUAAGCAUAAGUUGCCCGAUGGCCGAACUGUCAGGUUGACUAAGUUCAAGGCCAGUAGCAUUAUAGAUACCUAUGGCUGCUUGUGCGCAUCAGCGUUCUACAAUUACUAUAAGCAAAACGAGGAGGGUAUGUACCUUGUGUAUGUCUCUGAGAAAGGGGAGGCCGUUAAAACACCCCCAGAGAUAGAACGUGUCGUUGCUAAGUUCCCUGAUCUGUUCAAAGAGCCCACAGGAGUUGUUGAAAGGGAAGUCGUCCACGCUAUAGAAAUCAUUCCAGGGAGUAAAACCCCAAAGGGAAGGAUCUAUAGGAUGGCCCCCGCCGAGUUAGAUGAACUUCGGCGACAGCUUAAGGAGCUGACRGAGAAGGGWUGGAUUCRGCCUAGUACUUCCCCUUACGKAUCACCCGUKCUAUUCGUACCAAAGAAGGGGGGUACUUUGAGGAUGUGCAUUGACUAUAGAGGCCUCAAUGCCAUCACAGUGAAGAACGCAGAGCCUCUACCUCGCAUAGACGACCUAUUGGAUAGGGUGCAGGGAUGCAAGUACUAUAGUAAGAUAAACUUGAAAUCCGGAUAUCAUCAGAUCGCAAUAAGACCUGAGGACCAACACAAGACAGCCUUUCAGACCAGAUACGGCCUGUAUGAGUUUGUAGUGAUGCCCUUUGGUCUUUGCAAUGCACCGGGUUCAUUCCAGCACGCUAUGAAUCGGAUCUUCCAUGACCAUUUAGAUAAGUUUGUCGUGGUCUACUUAGACGACAUCCUGAUCUUUAGUAAGUCUGCCGAGGAGCAUGCACAGCAUGUUGAGACGGUACUUUCACUCCUUCGACAACACAAGUAUAAGGUCAACUUAGAGAAGUGUGAAUUCGGUCGCACUAAGAUACUAUACUUGGGUCAUGAAGUAUCCGCGGAAGGGAUAAGGCCGCAAGAUGCGAAGGUGGCUAGUAUUCGAGACUGGCCACGACCUCAGACAAUCACUAAGGUAAGAUCAUUCUUAGGAAUGUGCGGCUACUAUAGAAACUUCGUAAAGAACUAUUCUACAGUCGCCUCUCCUUCGACUGAUCUAACUCGACUUGACACACCGUGGGACUGGAGUGAUGAGUGCGAAACUGCUUUCAAACGAUUGAAGCAUGCACUCAUGAAUCAUGAAGUUCUCAUGGUUCCCGAUCCUCAGAAGCCAUUCAUAGUGACCAUUGACGCAAGCCAAUGCGGCAUUGGUGCAGUGCUGACUCAACAGGAUGGGAAAAAGUUGAGACCGAUUGAGUACAUGAGCAAGAAGAUGCCAUCGAAGAAGUUGGCAAAGUCCACCUACGAAAGGGAACUCUAUGCUCUAUACAAAGCACUUGUCCAUUGGAGGCACUUCCUAUUGGGAAGAGCAGACUAUCUAGGUGCGCUAGUUUCUGACUUUGGCAUAUCGGAAGAAGUAACUCAAUCAUUGGUGGGAGCCUAUCAAGAAGACCCUAUCACGAUGGACAUCAUUCGCAAACUUCUGGCAAAAGACAAGGCCACAGAAAGGAAUCACCCCGAAGCAAACGGACAGGCCGAGCAAAUGAACAGAGUUGUACAGCACUUGCUCAGGCAUUACAUCAAGCCCAGCCAGGAUGACUGGGAUGAGCAGUUGCCUCUCAUCGCCAGCUUGUACAACAAUGUUGUCCACAGCAGUACCGGCGUUGGUCAUAACCAGCUACACUUGGGAUGGAAGCCUAGAUCAGCACUAGACUUCCUCCUACCUGAAAACCGACCUGUUGCAACUCCAGGCACACUAGAGUAUGGUGUGCAAUAUGAGAAGUUGCUGCAAGAGACUGUCGAGCAUAUGAAGAAAGCUCAGCAAGCAAUGAUUGCUUCUGAGAAUCAACAUCGUAGACAGUCCACAUUUCAGGUAGGAGAACGAGUCUGGGUCAAGGCUAGUGAGUUAGGACAGGAGUUCGGAAUCUCUCGCAAACUAAUGCCUCAGUACUUUGGUCCCUGGGAAGUCCUGGAUAUAGUGGGAGAUGAGAUGGAUAGUCCCACAUAUGUCAUUCGUGUCCCCGGACACCUACGCACUCACCCAGUCUUUCAUGCCUCAAAGCUUGCACCUUUCGCUGAGACAGAUCAAUUCCCUUCCAGGAGAUCGAUGCUGCCCCCAACCAUGGAUGGACAAGUGGACAUCGACGACAUUGUGGAUCACAGGGAUAUGCCUGUUCCGAAGCCGCUGGGUCGAGGAAGACCUCCUAAACCCAAGAGAGAGUACCGCGUCAGAUUCAGGCAUCAUACGGAUCCAAAAGAAGAUCGGUGGUUUACCAGGGAGGAACUGAUUGAGACAGCUCCUCAGGUGGUGGCAGAAUAUGAGAGGCUACUGAAAGGGAAGGCACCUGCGAAGUAAGCAUCUCAGUGGACUUUUGAAGCUAAGGGGGAUGGAAUGUGAGGAUUGAGCCCUCAAGUAGGGGCCUUGCCAUAACAUACAUGUUCCGGGCUAAGGCCCCAGCAAGCCUCGUGCCCGCCCUAAGUGAAGGCGGGCCAGCAAAUCAACAAGAGCCCUUUGU